CCCAUUAAAGUCUCCGUUAUAGUCGGUCGCAUUCCAUAUCAUCUCGUAUUCCAAUUGAAGAAGCCGCAAGGUUCUUCUUAUUUGUACUGAAAAUUGAAUAUUAUUUGUGAACUACAGGUUCUUCUUCCACUUCCAUUUCCUUUCGCUACUUCUAUUUAACUCUUUUCGCUCAUGUCGUGCUUGGACGGUAAUAACUGGUGCGCCUGGUGCCUGGAAGACGACCGCCGCCGGCGUCUUGGGCGUAACAAGCAGAACGUGAGGUACCGCAACAUGCUGAUUGCCGCCACCGGCACCUACUUGUUUAUUUGCAUCUUGCUGACGACGGUCCUGUAUGCAGCCCGCCGAUCCAUGACCGUGCUGCUCUUUAACGGCAUCCAGGGAUUUUUCGUGGGCUUGGCCGGCGUAACGACAUGUCGGGCGUGGUUCGUCGGUAUGCUCGCCGCGUUUGGCGGGUACGCGAGUGUAACCGGGAUAAUAUUGCUCUACGCACUGCUGAUCACAGCCUUGCAAGGGGACGGCGCGUUUCUGCUUCUUCACGGCUCGAUGAUUGUUGCUAUGGACGGUCCAUACCUGCUGAUCUACUCGAAAACCGUCUACGUUUUGUACAAAGAGUACUACAAGCAGCCAGCCGUCGGCCCGCACCAGAUCGCGGACAACAGCAACGUCGUGAUUGUGUAUCUGGAUAGCCCAAGUGCUGGGAACCACCGGACCAGUAAUUAUAACUCGCAAGGACAGCAGCAGCAGGAGAUAGCAUCCUCGGGAACAGCACCUUCUGCUCCGAUCGGGACGGGGAAUAAUCCUGCGACCCUACAGAACACCGUAGUUGGACAGCCAGCAGGGAAUUUUCAUGACCCCGCGGUGGCAGGGGCGGUCGCCGCCAUCGGUCCAAGGAGCACCAGUCCGCAAGGCGGUGGAAAUCAGGUCGCCGUUUUAAGACAGCAAAACAGCAACAGCAGCCCCGUGGUGAUACCGGAGGGGGAGUAUCCGUGUCCAAUUUGUUUGAUCAACAGGCGAAACGUGGCCAUGGUGCCCUGCGGUCACCUGUGUUGUAGUUCCUGCCAACCACAAAUUCACAGUGCACCAAGGGUCGAAUGUCCGCUGUGCCGGACGCCCAUACGAGGCUUUCAGAAGCUGUUUCUUUGAUACGUGUUUCCCUUAUUUCUUCUUCUCGCUUUUCGUUUACCCACUGACCCUACCCGAGUCUCUCGAAUUGUAAAUGAAGUAUGAAGAUUUUAGAAGAUUCUUUCUCUUUUGGAAAGAUGUACAUGCUUACCCAACUCCCUUGUACGAUUCUGACCUCGCCGUUUCCGUGAAGUUUUCAGAGAGUUUUGGAUGAGCCCUUGACCGCACGAUGGUUCCUCGAGUAAUUUGCACUUUAGUGCUACGGAUUAUGUUCUUCCAGAAAUCGUGUCACCUUCGCCUUUGCAAAUUUCUAUUGAGGGGAGAGCGCACGCGAGAGACAAUCGUCGCUGAGUGCCUGUCGACAACGACAACUAGUGUUGCUAGUCAGUGUCGCCUCGUUAUUUUUUGGAACACUCGUGAAGCGCUGACGGCAUAAGGCUCGUGAGAUCCUUAUCGUCGUUUGAUUUUCCGUCGGGCAAAAUGACAAUGAUUUUUUAGUAAGAGAGAAACCCGUCUGUUUUGAAUCAAUAAACGCGAG